AUGGAGUUGAAUGUUGACAAAAAGGUGAGGAAAUGUCAGCCGCUACGUGUUGGGCUUUGUUUAGCGAGAUCCAAAAGGGAGAAACUCAAACUUCCCAGUUCAAUAUUCCAGCUGUGUCAGGAUAAUAAUAUCGAAAUUAUUGACAUAGAUUUGGAGGCACCUCUGGAUGCUCAAGGACCUUUCGACACAAUUCUCCACAAGAUUUUAGAGUUUCGAGGCGAAGAUAAAGAAAAGGGUGAAAUUUAUAAAGAUAAAUUUAUACAAUAUAUCAGUAAUCAUAAAAUGCGAUUGAUUGACCCUGUCUCAACGUGUGAACUCCUGACAAAUAGGUUUCAAACAAUGGACGCAGUUACCCGUUGCGAGUUUUCAAGCAGGAUUGGAAAACGUGUAUUUGUACCAAAAUUUUGUUAUUUAGAGGAUCUUGAAGACAACUCAGCAACAACAGAGAAAAUAAUAUCUUCAAGUGGUCUUGUUUACCCAAUCAUCGUCAAGCACUUUAUGGCAGCCAGCUUUGGAAAAGUGGCCCAUGAAAUGUCUAUCAUAUUUGGUCCUGAGGGGUUAAAUGAUAUUAAAACACCGUGCUUCCUGCAACAGUUUCAUAACCAUGAUGGCUAUAUGGUGAAAAUAUACACAGUGGGGACACAUUUUUAUUUGUGCAAAAGACCAUCUAUCAAAGAUCUGUUUCCUGGAAAUUACCCUACCAUACAUUUUCAUAGUGGAAAUAUUUCAAAACGUGGAAAACAGUCACCUUUACACAGUAGCGGCUCAGGGGAGACUAACGUGGUUAAUAAUGAUCCAAAAUUAUUAGAAGAAGAUGUAGUGAAUGAGCUCCUACAAAGAUUGAAAAGAGAAUUUGAAUUUACGUUGUUGGGGAUUGAUGUAAUCAUAGACAAAAACACUGGAAAUUAUGGAAUAAUUGACAUAAAUUACUUUCCUGGUUACGAUGGAGUUAAAGAGCUCUUUCAAAAAGACUUGGUUCACCUUUUACUAGAAACAGGAAAACCUAGCCAGAAUUUCCAGUCUAGUCACUAAUUAUUUUGUGACAGUAAGAAAAAUGUUAUGGCAAGAUUGUUUAUCUCCAUGUUGUCAAAUUGAUCCCCUUCUGGAAGAAAUCAUAUUUUGUUA